ACUUUUGUCAUUCGAUUCAUAAAUCUGCGUGUUUAUAUUGCCAUUUAGUUUUGCUUGUUGUAAAAUCGUUUAUCGUUUGAUUUGCAUUUUGCAAUUGAAUUCUACUCACACUCGAAAUGGAAAAACCACAGAAAAUGCCCAAGGUGGCGAAGGUAAAAAACAAAGCUCCGGCGGAGAUUCAGAUCACCGCUGAACAGCUGCUGCGAGAGGCUAAAGAGCGCGAUUUGGAAAUCCUGCCACCGCCUCCCAAACAAAAAAUCUCCGAUGCCGCCGAAUUGGCCGAUUAUCAACAGAGAAAGCGCAAAACGUUCGAGGACAAUUUACGCAAAAAUCGAAUGGUCGUGAGCAACUGGAUCAAGUACGCCCAGUGGGAAGAGUCGCAGAAGGAAAUCCAACGAGCGCGUUCCAUCUGGGAGCGGGCGAUCGACAAUGAUCACCGUAACAUUACCAUUUGGCUGAAAUAUGCCGAGAUGGAGAUGAAAAAUCGCCAGGUGAAUCAUGCGCGCAAUUUAUGGGAUCGUGCCGUUACGGUACUGCCCCGGGUUAAUCAGUUCUGGUACAAGUACACCUACAUGGAGGAAAUGCUGGAAAAUGUUGCUGGUGCGAGGCAAGUAUUUGAACGGUGGAUGGAAUGGCAACCGGAGGAGCAAGCCUGGCAGACUUACAUUAAUUUUGAACUACGCUACAAGGAGAUCGACCGAGCGAGACAGAUUUAUGAACGCUUCGUGAUGGUACAUCCAGAAAUCAAGAAUUGGAUCAAGUUUGCGCGUUUCGAAGAGGCGCAUGGCUUUAUUCAUGGUGCUCGGUCGGUUUACGAGCGUGCCAUCGAGUUUUUUGGCGAUGAUAACACCGAUGAACGGUUGUUUAUUGCAUUUGCACGGUUCGAGGAAGGUCAAAAAGAACACGACCGAGUGAGAGUUAUUUACAAAUACGCGCUGGAACACUUGCCGAAGGAUCGAACCGGAGAGCUGUACAAGGCGUAUACAAUUCAUGAGAAGAAGUACGGAGAUCGGUCGGGAAUUGAAGAUGUGAUUGUUUCGAAAAGAAAAUUCCAAUACGAGCAGGAAGUCGCCGAAAAUCCAACAAACUACGAUGCUUGGUUCGAUUAUUUGAGAUUGGUUGAAAACGAAGCUAAUGUGGAAUUGAUACGAGAGACGUACGAAAGAGCUAUCGCAAAUGUUCCUCCUGCGAAGGAUAAGAACCUUUGGCGUAGAUAUAUUUAUUUGUGGAUUAACUAUGCCUUGUAUGAAGAACUGGAAACAGAGGAUUUGGAACGAACGCGUCAAAUAUACAAAACAUGUCUUGAGUUGAUUCCUCACAAAGUUUUCACCUUCAGCAAAAUAUGGUUACUCUAUGCUCAAUUCGAAAUUCGAUGUAAAAACCUGCAGGUGGCACGAAAAACGCUAGGCAUGGCCAUUGGUAUGUGUCCGCGGGAUAAACUUUUCCGUGGUUAUAUCGAUUUGGAGAUUCAACUACGAGAAUUUGAUCGGUGUCGAAUUCUGUAUGAAAAGUUCCUUGAAUUCGCUCCGGAAAACUGCAUCACGUGGAUGAAGUUUGCAGAAUUGGAAUCUCUGCUCGGAGAUAUCGAUAGAGCACGAGCCAUUUAUGAGUUGGCUAUCCAGCAGCCUCGUCUUGACAUGCCAGAACUACUGUGGAAAAGUUAUAUUGACUUCGAGGUGCAGCAAAGUGAGUUUGAACUAGGUCGGCAACUCUACGAGCGGUUACUGGAACGAACAACCCACGUGAAGGUUUGGAUUUCUUACGCCAAGUUCGAAAUGGCUGCCGAAAUUGAGGACAACAUCAAUGUUCAACUGUCUCGUCGGGUCUAUGAACGUGCAAAUGACAGCUUGAAAAAUGUCGCCGAGAAGGAAUCCCGUGUGCUAGUAUUAGAGGCUUGGCGAGAUUUUGAAAAAGAACAUGGUGACGCAGACAGUUUGCGAAAGGUGAUGUUGAAAAUGCCACGCAAGGUCAAAAAACGACAGAAGAUUGUGUCCGAAAGCGGAGUGGAAGAAGGCUGGGAAGAGGUGUUUGAUUUCAUCUUUCCCGAGGACGAAAUGGCACGACCAAAUCUUAAACUGCUUGCGGCAGCUAAGAAUUGGAAAAAGCAAAAAGAUGUCCCAUCAGCCGUUCCAACCCCUCUAAGUUCUACUGCUGAAAUUAACCCUGUAACUUCAAGCCCCGACAAAGACACAGCCAAACAACCAGAAGAGAGUUAAGGUAAAUUUGGAAACAUUAACGAGUAGCUAAAAUUUAGGUUACAAAAUAAACUGCUCGAUUUCUUGAUCAA